AUGAGAUUUUUGCUGCUAUUAUGUCUAAGUAACAAUUCGGACGAGAUUGCUGAAUUGUCCAAGCUCUUCUUUCUUUGGCUCCGAGCUCCACGUGGCUUGGGCGGUCUUGUCGACGCUGAGCGUUUGGCUCAGGAGGCGCCUCCCCCUCGACAAAUGGUUUCACUUGCCGAGCCUGGUGCUCCGUUAUCAACGACCAACUCUGGAGCUGGACGCCGGGGCUCAAUCCAUCGAGGAAGCGGGACAUCUAACCACGGCCGUAGACCUGUAUCUACGGUCGUCGGCCCUGGUAGGCCCGGUGCAGGGGAAGCCCCACCUUAUACGGCAGAGGGAAGAGGAGAGAUUCCCGAGGGUCCCUUUUCAAGGGCUGAGGAAAUGUCUAUCUGCAGGCGCUUAACCAAACCCGACUAUCCUGGUGUUUCGGACUGUAUAUACUCUUCUGAUUCAGCCACAUCGGGAUCAAUAUCUCCUACAUCACCGGCUUCACCGUCUGCAGGAUCUGCUUCGCCUGAAGACUCUAGAGAUGAAUCUGUAUCUGUGGCAGAUGGGGUUCGAACUGUCCAGGGUUGGAAGGGUGCGCGACGUGCCCCAGUUCAACGCAGAUCUGGACAGAAUGUCUGUACAGGAGUCUCAGCAGGUGGAGCACAUGAAUCGACGCCCCCAGCCCUCUAG